CAAACACAAUAUUCCCUCUCCCAAUAUCUGCCAAAAAUCAAAAUCAAAUUACUGUACCGAUACCAUUUGUUCGGUUCGGUUUAAUCCGGUAAUCGAUGAGGUAAAGGCAUUUGUGAAAUUGAUCAGCCGAGUCGGAUCGGCGGGUAAAAUGGACUACAGCUUAGCGGCGGUGAAGAUGCUUUGUUCUCAGCUCCGGGACGCUAAACCGACGCCUUCUCAGAACGCCGCCUCCCUAGGCGGUGUACUUUUUCAACGUGCUUGGUUACAGGGCGUUUUGGUCCCCUUCUCCGGUGGAGGCGGCGAUAAUUGUCUGGUACUUGAUGACGGAACCGGUCUUUUGGAGCUCGGUCUCACCAACGAUUUUGCCCUCCGUCAAUGGAAAUCAGGAAUGUACGUGAUGGUUGUUGGUGUCUACCAAGUCCGUACUGGGCAGAUACCUCUACUUAAGGUUCAUAAGAUGGUUGACCUGUCGGUGAGCCCAGAUCGUGAAGCCAUGUGGUAUUUAGAAGUCAUGGACGCAUACAGACUCUUCUAUGAGCCCUUGAUCCAAGAGUUCUCUUGAUUCUUCACUUCACUUAACUUAUCUAUUCUUCUUUUAGUUUCACCAGACCAGAUUAAUCCUUUUUUUGUUUAUUGAAGAUGAUCUUUAGAGUCAUGGGUAUGUACUUCUACGGAAUCAAAAGCAAGGUUGUAUCAUUUUUAACACACCAUUGCUAGUUUUCAAUUUAUCCAAUUUCUGCUGCA